CUCCACGUGCCGUCCCUGCAAGCGGAAGACGGGUUUGUUUUGGUGCCCACACCGGCCGUUUUGUCAAACGUGUAGCUGACAACUCCUCGUCUGUGUUAUGUGCUCAAUAAUUGUGCCGACGGCGCACACGAUGAUGUCUUCUGCGGAGAGCCGAGUGGACGACAGCGAACAUGACGAGAGAGGCACGAAGAGGAAGAUUUCUCUCUCCAGCUGUGGCGUUUGUGGCUCAGACGAGGCGAAGUACAGGUGUCCAGCGUGCCUCACACACUCGUGCAGCUUGUUGUGUGUGAGGAAACACAAAGAAGAUUCAGGAUGCAGUGGAGUUAGAAAUAAAACUGCGUUCGUGACCCUGUCACACUUUGAUGAAAUGAAUCUUCUCAGUGAUUACAGGUUUCUGGAAGACACCGGACGAUUUGCGGACAGCGCCACCAGAGACAACCUCAUCCAAGUUCCUCGUAUCACUUUAAAAGCGAAGAAGUUGGCAGCCAGCGCCAGGAAGAUGAACAUCACGCUGAGGUUCCUCCCCGUCUCGUUCACCAAGAGCAGAGAGAACUCCACCUUCUUCCUCACAAAGGAAAAACUCUUCCUGUGGCAUCUGAAGCUCAUAUUUCCUCAGAGCAGCUCAGAGUUCAGUCAAAGGAGGGUGUCUGACAAACAAACUUUGGAGCAGAUCUUGACAGGUUACAUUCACCCAACAGAGUCGGACCCUGUGAAGCGUCAGAAGUUGAAGAUGUAUGUGCAGGCUCCGUUGGAUCACGUGAAAGUCUUCAUGAAAGCAGAGGGGAGAAAGGCAAACUCAGUGCGGUACCAUGAGUUGGAUAUUCAGAAGAGCCUAAGGGAUAACCUGAGCUACAAAACACUGAUUGAAUAUCCUGUGCUGCAUGUUGUGCUCAAAGAUCAUUGGAGGGAGUAUCCACUGAAAGGUCCAGCUCAGCCAGUAUCAGCCUGCACUAGUUGUGCAACCAAAACUGAUGGGGUGGACCCUGGGGAGGAGGAUGUUGGGACCCAGGUUUCAUCAUCGCUACUAGGAUCUUGCUCCACAGGAGGAACCAACAUCUGGACAAUAACCCAAGAGGCCACUGCUGAAACUGAACCUCCGCAGCAGAAAAAGGCAAAGAGGGGAGCAGGGGAGGAAGAGCAAGAGGAGGGAGAGAUUGCGGACAGUAGUGAUGAAGAGAUGGAGGACGACGAAAUUAGCCAAUCUGAUAAGAACCGCGGUGCUGCCAAAAGCCUUGGUAGCAACACAGAUUAAAGAUGGACUAGUAGCUAGCUGUGCCCGUGUGGAUGAUGCAGUGAUGGAAGCAGGGAUCAGUGUAGAAGUGAAGAUAUUGUUGGUUCCACUGAUGACAAUUCAGCUGCCAGAGAAAGUGCUGAGUUCAGCGUGACUUGGGAGGAUGCUGUUUAAGAGCCAGGGCCUGUUCUUACCCGUCACUGGUGAGAUGAAAAUGAGUCAGCUGACGAUGCUGACAGCUGCAGAGUGGAAUGAUAAUAGCCAGAUGUUGAGGAUGAAGUGAGUGACAGGAAGUCGUCAAUCAUGUGUCACAAUGCACCAACACUUGUUUUUUUGUUUUUUUUUUAAACAGCAUUUACAUGGAGAUUUCUUUAAGAUCGUUUACCAAAUGUAUUAUUUUAUACAAAAUUAUUUCAUUGUUGUUUGUGAUUUUCUAAUAAAACUACUUUUUGGACA